UGUACAUAGUAGUUACUCCAUCCCGUUGCUUUCCGCCUCCCUUCCUCCACUUCUCUCUCUAUGUAAAAAAAAUCAGCAGAUUACUUGUAAAAUAAUUAAUCUUACCAUUAUAAAAUAAUUAUUUCACCGGCAUGAUUUUUUUUAUUACUUAGUUAUCCUUUUGGGUGCAUGGUUUCCUAGGUGGUUUAUCAUCCUUUUGGUAUGUUUCAUGAGAGUUCUUGUGUGCUUGCACAUAUUUAUGGUAUGCUUGAGAAAACUUUGGUAAUCUUUAUGAGGUUUUUGGUCUAUCUCAAGGAACUUGUAGUCUGCUUUAUGAGGUUUUUGGUUUGUUUUAUGAAACUUAUGGUUAGCUUUAUGAGGUUUAUAGUAUGCUCUAGGGAAUUUUGGGUUUGCUUUAUGAGAUUUCUGGUAUAUUUCAUGGUUCUUGUGGUCGAUGUCAGCCAAGGAUGUGACGUAAAAUAAUUGGGGAAUGCUAAAUGCGUGUUCCCUCCUCGCAAUUUAAAAAAUGAGAAGUGUUGCCCCUCAACGGCGGAUCCAGUACUGAGUAGAGCACCGAGCCACAUUUUGAAAAGAGGCAGAGCGAGUUGGGCCGUAGCUCGAUGAACACUUAAACAAAUAUCAUCAAACCAAAAUAUUUCUAUUGACUGAAGUUAGUGUUAGUAUCAAACUAAUAAGUUGGGUGUAAGUACUCUAACCUAAACCUUAGGAGUGGCUAUGACUCAAACAUACACUAUCGUUAUCCGUUUAGGGUAAUAUUAGAAUUUGACUAUGAUCCUUGCUAAGACUUGGCAUAAGGAUGUCCUUUUACAUAGUUGGAUUGUGCGCCCCGAUCGAUAUUCACGUCGCUUGGAUAUAUGCGUGGCAAUUGGCGAAAAAUUUGUUGCAGGUACUUUCCUCAAGGGAUCGACAUCUACUUCGACAACGUCGGAGGAGAAAUGCUGGACGCCGCGCUGCUGAACAUGAGAGUGAAGGGCCGAAUCGCGGUGUGCGGCAUGGUGUCGCAGCACGGCGUCACCGAUUCCGGCCCGGGAAUUCGCAACAUCUCCAACGUCAUCGUCAAGCGGAUCAAGAUGCAAGGGUUCCUCCAGAGCGAUUACCUGCACCUUUACCCGCGCUUUCUGGACCACGUCACCGCGCACUUCCUUGCCGGCGACAUUGUCUAUGUUGAGGACAUGGAUGAAGGUCUCGAGAGCGCUCCGGCCGCCCUCGCCGGGUUGUUCACCGGCGAGAAUAUUGGCAAGAAAGUUGUUCGUGUUGCCCUCCCCCUGAAUCAUGAAAUUCAAUGAAUUUGAGAUGUAGUUCGUUAGAUUUUAAUAAAAGAAAAUGUUAUGCAACCUAGCUCGUGCUUUGAUCAUUUUGUAUACUUUUUUCCAUCCAAAACCAGCUUAGUUGAGACUAGAGAGCCCUAAAGAAGCUUUUACCAAUCCUGGAAUGCUGAGAUUUCUCUUUGAAUUGCUUGAUUGCCCACUUUACUUCUAUUAAGGUGGAGCCGGGAAUAUGGGGUAAAUUUGCAAGAUUGGUUAUUGGGAUUACUAAAAUGUUCAUGUUUGGCGAUUAAAAAUAUUUUACUUUGACGAACAAAGGUUUGGUCUAGUGGUAAUACCACUAGGUUUGAACAUGGAAAUCUCAGAUUCGAAUCUAUUAAAUAGUAGAUAAACCACAAAAGUUGAAUAUAUCAUCCUUAUCCGUAAUUUUUUUUUGUUCCAUUCGGUGAUCACUAGAAUUAGUUAAAAUUUCCAAAUUUGGUCACUCUUCGAUAAUCUUUGUGAGCCCCUAUUAACGUCGUCUGUAUUUGCUGAGGUGUCUAACAUAAGUGAUGAUUCACCAAAUUUUGACCCGAAAAAAGUAAAAAUCGACCGUACAUUCAGCUAACCUACCUUUCAUCAAUGACCCAACCUAACAACCUUUAACCAAACCAGACCAGACCAGACUCGACCUGACCAUCUUUUCUCUUUCUCUCCCCUCUCUCCUCUAGCGCUCCUCACUACUCCUUGAUAGAAACAAACUUUCUAUCGGUUCUUCUGAAUCGAGAUUGUUGUUUGGGAAUUAUGAGUUAUAGAAUAGAAUUAGGGAUUAGGAAAAUAAUUGGGGAAGAAAGAGUAGAAUGACCGGCGGCCGAGACUAGGGAAGAAUACGAGAUUGAGAGAGAAAGACAGAUUAUGGUUUAGGGUGAUAAUUUGAUAAUUUGUUUCUUGAUUGAUUCCGAAAUGAAACAGAAAGUACAUAUUUAUAACAAAAGACUGGAAAACCUGACAAUAAACCUAAUAAAAGACUACUAACCCUAAUAAUAUUAAUCAUAAUAGUUAUAAUAGAAACCGUAGGUUUCUAUCACCCCUCACCUUUAACCCGACCCUUCCCAGUAAAGCUCGCCAUCCGAUUCUCUCUUCUUCUGCGAAGUAGCCAACAAUUGAUUUCAUUCUUUAAUUUCAUGGCGAAUACCGCCUUCAGUGUUGGAACCGUUGCGACCGUUGUCGACUCCGCAUUCUACCUAGUCGAGAGAGGCCAACAUGUGGUUAUCUUCGACCGUUUCACCGGAGUUGUCCCCCCGUCGUCGGUGAAGGUACUUGAUGACACUUAAGUUAUAUCGUUUAUCACUCUCAUAUUUGAUACAUUUCCCCCUUCUAUCAAUGCACCUUUAGUACUUUCUCAUAUAUUUUAUACCUAAAUUAUAACUAUUUGAUCAGUGGGCAUGAUUUGAUAGACACAAGUUGUGUUUUGUAUGAUUUUAUGCCUUUUUAGUAUGUUUUUGUGCUUUUCAAGAUAAAUUACAACUUAGGAGAAUUUGGAUCUAACAUUGGAUGAUUCUGUUGGGGCAAAGGAGCUACAGAGAGAAGAUUAUGGAGUUUUCAUGUAAAUGACGAAGUCCAAUGACAGAGAAACCUAUUGGGAACCACGAGUAGAGCCCACAAGGAGUCCAAUGGAGAAAGACUCGACCCAAACCAAAGCAAGAAUCAGUGGUGGCCCAGUGUUGGGUCUAACCGUCGCUCAUGUAGGGGCAAAUCACGAUGAUAUCUCCAUGACACAUUGCUUAUGGGGCAAGGAGCUCCGCCCACGAAGAAAACAUGUGGUGGUUCUAGCUGCCACCCAACAGUCACUACAAGUCACAAACCCAAAUAAAGAUAGUUAGAAUGU